UGUGGAGGGGUUGUUUUUGUGGACGGACCAAGAUGGCGUCGUCCAUGGGCCGAGAUGGAGCUGAGCCGCCGCCACCGCCCAAUGUUUACUAUUUUCGGGAUGCGAAGGCGGCGGCGGACCCGGUGUUCGAGCUGGGGGAGGGCCGGCUGCCGCUGGUGGUGGACAACGGGUCGUUCCAGUGCCGGGCGGACUGGGCGGCGGCGGAGCGGGCACCGCGGCUGCUCUUCAGGAACAUGGCGGCGCGGGGCCGAGGGGCGGCGCGAAGCGACACGCAGGUCGGCAACGACAUCGGCAACGUCGAGCUCGUCCGCUGGCUCCUCAAGAGCCAGUUCGACAGGAACGUGGUGGUCAACCUCGACAUACAGGAGCACAUCUUCGACCAUAUCUUCCAGCACUUCGGCAUCGCCUCCCAGAGUCGUGUGGAACAUCCAGUCGUUCUAACAGAAGCUCCGUGUAAUCCACUGUAUUCCCGACAGUUAAUGUCCGAACUCCUCUUCGAGUGUUACCACGUUCCCAAAGUGUCGUAUGGAAUUGACAAUCUCUACAGCUUUUGGCGAAAUAAUAAAGCAAACUCCACUGGACUGAUCAUUUCCUCUGGGUACCAUUGCUGUCAUAUUUUGCCAGUGCUGAAUGGCAGGCUGGAUGCCUGUAACAGUAAAAGGAUUAAUCUUGGUGGAAGCCAAGCAGCGUCGUACAUGCAACGCCUGCUGCAGCUCAAAUACCCUGGACAUUUACCGGCCAUCACGCUCAGCAGAGUGGAGGAAAUUCUUCAUGAACACUGCUACAUCGCAGGCGACUACAUGGAAGAACUCGACCUGUGGAAGCUCCCGGAUUUCUAUGAGACGAACAUUCACAGGAUGCAGUUGCCCUUCAACAACAAGCUGCUGGCUAGCACUUUGACAGUGGAGGAGAAGAUGGAACGGCGGCAACAGCAGAUUCGCAGACUGCAGGAGCUCAACGCUCGUCGCAGGGAGGAGAAGCUUCAGCUCGACCAGGAGAGGCUAGAGAGACUGCUCAGCAUCCAGGAGCUUCUAGAAGAAGGCAUGAUGGACCGAUUCAAGCGUGCACUGCUGGAAAUGAACAUGGAUUCUGCAGAGGAGCUGCAGUCGUACAUUAACAAGCUUAGCCUGGUCAUUGAGCAGACCAAGCACAGGAUACUGCAGGCUGAGGUGAAUGUGGAGGUGGAUGUUGUCGACACAAAGCCAGACGUUUCUGAUCUGGAUCAGGUAUUGAAUUGCGACCAGUCAAUGGAUGACUUGGAAGGAGUCAAUGAUCUGGAACAGCUUUUCCCUGAAUAUCAGAGUGAUUUUGGAAAGCAAACCAAUGUCGUUCAGCCAAUUGGACAGAUGUUCAACCUUGCAGAAUAUCAUCAGCUGCAUCUGGGAAGUGAGCGCAUCCGGGUCCCUGAAGUUAUGUUCCAGCCAUCACUGAUAGGAGAGGAACAGUCUGGCAUCGCCGAAACAAUACAGUAUGUUCUGGACAGAUACACAAAGCAACAACAAGACGAACUUGUACAAAAUGUAUUCCUUACUGGCGGAAACAUUCUAUAUCCUGGGAUGAAGACGCGGAUGGAGAGGGAGCUUCUUGCCAUGAGGCCAUUUCGGUCGUCGUUCCAGGUGGCCCUUGCUUCCAAUCCUGUUCUAGAUGCCUGGUUUGGUGCAAGAGACUGGGCUAUUGAGCACAUCGAUCAAGCUGAGGGCUGGAUCACACUGGCAGACUAUGAAGAGAAGGGGGGAGAGUACUUGAGUGAACACGUUGCUUCUAAUGUUUAUGUACCGAUGAACCUUACAAAACCAGUGCUAUUGCACUGACAAGUUAAAGGAUUUGAAGACAUUCAGUUCUGACCUGGCUUUUGCAUAAAAUGAGAGACAUAUAUUUUAAAUUGAAGCCAACUUAAGCGUAUUGCAAGUUAAAUACACGGCUCGAUGUUCUUUUUAUAUGAGAGACAUUUAUUUUCUGCUGUAAAGACUGGACGAACUGCAUUACAGAAUUUAAAAAUUGAGAUUAUAUUGUUCUUCAGGCUAUGUAUUACUUGUACAUCAAUAUCUACUCAGAAAUAUGAGGUAUUGUCUAUCGUGACUGAGUGCUACUCAUAAGGCUCGCUGAGAAGGGAUGUAGUUUGAAAGUGAUAAGAAAAAUGAAGGUAGACAAAAUUGCUGGAGAAACUCAGCGGGUGCGGCAGCAUCUAUGGAGCGAAGGAAAUAGGCAACAUUUCGGGCCGAAACCCUUCUUCAGACAUUGAAGCAUUUUCUUGUUUCUUUAUAUCCCUUCUAAGUGGAACUUGACCUUGUCACUGUGGAUAAAACAUAGUAUGACCCUCAAUCUACACUCUGGGGUGAUACACUUUUAGUGACACCCAAGGCAAAAGCAAGUUGUUGUUUAAUUUCUUGCAAAACUUAUGAUUUUGUUCAACAAUAGUAUUGAUUACUUUUCUCUUCAUUUUGUACGGAGGGUGUUGGUUCUGAAGGUCCACGAUGCAGGUAGUACAGUUUCCAUUAAAAAAAAAGGAAAUGAUUGAGCUUCAUUUGUCGACUUAGACUCGAAAGGCGUACUAUGUCUUUUUUUUUAGAUUUGCCCCCUGUUCUAAACAUUAUCAUUUAUUCUGGCAAACUGUCGCUAAAAGAGGUAGAAUUUAUUAACCUGCAACGGCAGCAUCAUAGGUGCAAACAAUGUUUCCAUUCAGCAAUAAUGGUGAAUAUUGCAAGCCCCAAAUAUUUAUGACUGUUUAUUUCAUGCAUUAAAAACAGAUUGCACUCUUAGAAUAUUAGAUGAAAAA